UACCCAACGAGAACCCACUUAGGGAAAACUUCUGGCACGGUUUUUUGUUGUGAGAACAAAAUCCCGUUUUUGAAGAUCGUCAAUGGAUAGUCAUGGGUCAGCGGGUCGUCAUGGCAACGGAGGGGUCAAUGGGGGACACGGGGUGACGACAUCUGUUUUGGGAAUACAAUCAUACCCCGAGGGCCUUCAGAACAUCCUUUCGCGACUUUCCCACGAACUUGACAGCUUUCCGGUGACAAGUCAAACUGUGGUAUACUGUCUCCGGUUUCCCCGACGGGUCCAUUACAGAAGAUUGCUCACAGCUAUGCGCGGUCGAUACCUGAUCGCUGCUCUCAUCACAACCGAGUGGAGGGGGAUCCGGUGGCAGUGUACACACUGUACAUAUAAUCCUAGCGCGACGACCAGACUGAGCGUUUGAACGGGAGACUUGGAGAGCGAGCGCCGUCUCAACGGGGGUACCACACGUCUGAGCGACAAAUCCGACUUAACCGUGCCGUUAUGAGUUUCUCUUGAGCCGUGGAGCAACUUACGAGUGAGGUUUUACCGCGACCUCUACGUGAAAAUCUUCCUGAAUCCGUCCAGAGAGUUCCCUCCGAGCUCAGCCUCCAAUAACCUGAAGCGACAUGGACCAAGGGGAAGAGGAGAGCGGUGCUUCGGUGCCUAACGGCACAGCGUCCGUAGGAGUAGAUCCAGAGCUCGGUAAUAACUCCAGCUUGACGGCGUCACCGACCAAGAGUUCGGAGUCCUCGGGAGCUGAGGGCUUCGCGCACCGCCACCACCGCCGCCGGAGCUCGCCGUGGUGGAACCGGGUAAAAUCCGCCGUGCGGAUGUCCAACAGCGUGAACCCGGACUUGAGAAAGGCAGAGCCGAGACAGGACACGUUCUUAGAACUCUACAACAGAUACAGGCAGGAGGAGAAUGAGAUAAGUAGCGGAGAGGGGGGAGACCAUCACGGCGGCGAGAAGAAGACUUGGACGAAAGAGGACUUCGUCUUAGACCCCGACGGAGACGUCCACAUGUGGUGGAUAGGACUCGUGACGUGUGGAGUCGUGUACAACAUGUGGCUCAUCAUCGCUAGAACAGCCUGGGUAGAACUACAGACCGAGUACGCCGCUGUGUUUUACGCCUUAGAUUACGUCUUUGACCUCUUGUUACUACUUGACAUCGUGGUCCACUUUCGGACGAGCUACUUAGAACAGGGUUUGCUAGUCUACAACCCUAAGAAGUUGGCGCGGAACUACGUCUUUUCCAAGAAGUUUGUCUUAGACGUGCUCUGUUUGCUGCCGCUGGAUUUCUUGUACUUCGCUGUAGGCGUACACCCUCUCCUACGGUCGACUCGGUUUUUAAAGGCGCAUAGAGCGUUCGAGUUUUACUUCACAGUGGAGUCGAGAACCCACCACCCGACUUUGUGGCGCGUUUUCAACCUUGUGCACGUACUUUUCCUCCUCAUUCACUGGUUUGCGGGAUUUUAUUUCCUGAUUUCCAAGGCGGAGGGUUUUGGUUCCAACACGUGGGUUUACCCGUCUGCGACUGGACAGUACGCGUCCUUGAGCACCAAGUAUCUGUGGUCACUCUACUGGUCCUGUCUCACACUGACCACUAUAGGGGAUCUACCUACACCUGUCACCAACUACGAAUUCCUGUUCACGUUGCUAGGAUACCUGAUGGGCAUCUUCGUGUUCGCCAUUGUUGUCGGCCAGGUGGGCAACGUCAUCGCCAACAGGAAUGCAGACAGACUGCAGUUUGAGAGAAUGUUGGACAGUGCUAAAACCUACAUGAAGAGUAACAACAUUCCCGAGGAGAUGCAGAGGCGGGUUCAGCGGUGGUACGGUUACUCCUGGAGCAGAGGCCUGAUGAGAGGAGGGGGAGACAUCAACUCCCUCGGGCUGCUACCGGACAGGAUAAAGAUCGAGCUGGCGCUGCAGGUCAACCUACAGACUCUCAAGAAGGUGACGAUAUUCCAACAGGUACAACCGGAGUUCCUGUACGACCUGGUCCUGAAGAUGAAAGCCUUCAUCUUCACACCUGGCGAUCUGAUCUGUCGGCGAGGAGAGGUGGCGCGGGAAAUGUUCAUCAUCAACCACGGGAUCCUGGACAUCAUCAGUGAAACAGGGCGAGUCAUCACCCAGCUGAAGGCCGGAGAUUUCUUUGGAGAGAUCGGCAUCCUUAACUUGGACGGAGGUGUCAACAAGCGCACAGCGGACGUCAGGUCUGUGGGUUACUCGGAACUGUUCGCGUUGUACAAAGAAGACGUGUUAGCCGCCAUGGAGGAUUUUCCAGAAGCGAAGCGCAUCCUAACGGAGUACGGACGCCGGCGCCUCAGAGUAGCCGUGGCGGACAGGGAAAAACGCGAGGACGACGAACUGGUCAAGAAGGUGGCGAGUAGGAAAGAAUCGCUGAUGUCAAGUUGCAAGGCAAAGUCUUCGCAGGAUCUCAGGAGCGAAGCCACCACGACGGACACCCCGAGACACAUCCCCCGUUCCCGGUCGCGACGCCCCUCCAGCGCCCUCGCCCUCGAUCAACAACGCCUACCCGAGGCAAGAAAUGGAUCACCCGCGCCACUAACGCCACCUAGCGACUAUCCGAGAAAAGGCAGUACAAAAUCUCAAGACUUGGGCGAGAUUGUUGACGACCGGAUGUUGAAGACACUGCGGGAUGAUAUGCUGCGUAACGGAGGGUUGGUGAGGAGUAGGAUGGGUCCCUCUCGCCCCUCGGAUGCCGGGUUGCAAAAACACAGGGCGACUUUACAGAAGAGACCCUCUUUUUCUAGGACCACGCCUAGCCUUACGUUGAGAGAACCCUCGGAAGACUAUUUGAGCAGAAAAUCUUCCAUCGGAGGAGGAGAACAAUGGCCGGCCAUGAUGACGUCAGCGGACAGAUAUUUCCAACAGAUGACAGAAGAAACCAUCUCAGAGUGGAAGCAGAGAGUCGCAGAACUGAAGGACGAAACCACAGAGAAGACGAAAACAAUCGAACAACUUAAAGACAUUAAAAGUCAACAAGAUGUAGAGAUUGCAAGACUAGAGGAAAGAAUAAGAGGACUACAGGAACAGCUAAAAGAUAAAUCAGCUCUCAGACUGGAAAGUGUGUCCCCUACGCCCUCCCACCCCGGAACACCGACGAACCAAACCACGCCCACAAAGAUCAACACCUUAGUACAGCCGGCCUCAGCACGUGCAAGAACACCUUCUGCGAAGGUUCAGCAAGCCUCUAGAAACAGUGCAAAGACGCGGGCGUCCAACACAUCAAAAGUGUGAUUUGUUGUGAUUGGGUGGUUGCGGUCACGUGUUUAUGACGCAAUUUUGGGUCGUUUGCAAAGUCAUUGUGUGAGAAGUUCGAAAUCUUUAAUGUGACAACUAACUUACGUUGGUUUACUUAAGAAUUAGAUUGUUUCCCAAUACAAGGAUAUUUCAAUCACCACCAAGCCAAACUCUUUCAUUAUGUGGUUAAACUUUUUGUUUCUUGCUACCUCAUAAUGCUUUUUUUUUUUAGUCGUAACAUUCAUAUCAUAAACUACAACGUUAAAGAAUUGCUACCUUUAUGUUCACCAUCUAUGAUCAUUUUCACUACUAAUUAAAAAGUUGUUAUUUCAUAUGAUCAUGACCAAAAAAAACAAUCCACAAAAUAUUUCAUACCGAUGGAGUAUAUGAGUCUUAUUCCUCAAUGUUUAAUUGUUCAGGACUACAAAUAUGUUGUCAUGUGCGCAUAUAAAAAGCUAUUGUUGCAAAGAAGUGUAACCACUUCAGUGUCUUUUCUGUACCACUCUGUGUCUCAAGCAAUGGUUAGUUUUCAGUUUACACAAUUUUUUCCUCAUUUUAAAUUUUUAUUCACAAUUUAGUGACUGAUUCCUAUAGUGUAUAAUACACUACCUGUAGGGGUUGGUUCGAAUGACCACUAACUCGGUCACAGUUGUAUCAGAACCAACUGAUGAAAUCAGAUUUCAUGAUGUUUAUUUAUCUAUGCGCAAGCUUAUCUAUUGUGAUAUUGUGUAAAUAAAUGCACUGCUAAAUGUUGGCAAUGAGGUAAUAAAGAUAUUUAUUUAAUC